AUGGUCGUUUGUCGCUUGGAUUCCACCAUCGGAAUACCUGCGGAGCAACCAACCAGAUUCACACUGAACACUGGAGAUACCAGCACGAAAGAUGUCGCUACCACGUUUAAUUACACGCCUGGCCAGGAGUUGUUAGGCCGUGUCACGGACGCGAUAAGAAUCGGCACAGGGAGAUUCGUGAAUUCCGUCACGUUGGCCAGAAACAUCAUAGCCAAUCAGGCGCAGGACACUUUCGUUGUGGUGACACAGGCUCUGGCCAGUGAAACGGAGAACAACGUAGAGGUGCAAAAGUCAGUGGCCUUGAACUAUGAACCGAUAUCCUUCGGAACGACCCAGUAUCCGCCAGUGACGAACACUCGGCCAAGCUCGCGCGAAAUUGUCAGGUUGGAGAACGAAACGGCGCAGAGUUUCUUCGAGAAACCAGUUUCGAAGCCUGUCGCCAGUAUUUUGGAAUCUAUCCUCAGUCCGACGCCAUUGGUCGAUGGCAUGAAGGAAGAAGAGAAGUACGGAAACUCCGGCGACAAGUUCAUCGGCAUCGGUCGCACUCUGGUCAAUGGAUUCGAGACCUUCAGCAAUUUUCUGAACGCUGUCGUUGACCUGGAGGAAUGCGACGACCAGGCCAACGGUGCCCACCACGUGAAGCCUGGUGACCAGCCACAUUUGAAUGGCCGUGGCGCAGCCUUCCUGGUACCAAAGCUCCUUGUUCCGUUCCUCAAGGUCGAGACGGCCGCAGUAUCGUUCCCUCUGUAUGCAGCAGGAGUCCGGCACGCGGUCCUCCGUCGGCCACGCGUUGAUUCGAAACCAGUCGGUGUAAUCUCGCACGCCGCAGCAAUGGAACUGAAAUCAUCGUGGGCCAAG